GUGUCAUUGUGAAAUUGUCAUCCGCGAAAAUCGAAAUUGCGUUUCGCGAGAUUGUGGAUUAGAUAUCGAAAAAAAUGUAAAUUAUCCAGAAUUUUAGUUUAGAAAUUUAUUUAAUAUCUGUUAAACAUGUCAAGUGAGUCCAAGUUAUACUUUGAUAUAAGAGAGGACCAGUGGCCUCUGGUUUACGACGAUAAUUAUAAUGUAUCGUUUUUGGGUUUAGAAAGGUUUCACGUAUUCGAUGCAAAGAAAUGGCGCAACAUAAUCCAGUACCUGAAAGAAGCUGGAUUGAUAACAGAAGAACACUUAGUGAGACCACUUGAAGCUCAAAAGAGUGAUUUACAAAUAGUCCACACUCGAAAAUAUCUGAAAUCACUCAAAUGGAGUCCAAAAGUAGCUGUGAUAGCUGAAGUUCCAGUGAUUGCAUUAGUACCAAAUAUACUGGUGCAGUAUGCAUACUUGAAGCCUAUGAGGCUACAAACAGGUGGUUCAGUGUUAGCUGGUAAAUUGGCAUUGGAGCGAGGCUGGGCUAUCAACGUAGGAGGUGGCUUCCACCAUUGCAGUGGUGACAGGGGUGGAGGAUUCUGUCCAUAUGCAGACAUCACCCUGCUCAUCCAGUUCCUAGUGCUGCAUGAUCUGAUACAGAAUGCUAUGAUUGUGGACUUGGAUGCUCAUCAGUGCUACUAG